UCAUGGUUCUUCCUGGGCUUCAGGUUUGGAGAUGGAUACUCUUUGCCUGCAUUCACUGGAUUUGUGUCUGUCAAGAAACUGCAGGACCGUAAGUAAAUCUGCAGUCACAGAAGUUAGAAAUUAGUCAUCAGACUUGGGUCGCUUGUCUGUCGGAGCAGAUUAGAGCAAUUUUUUGUGACCUUCUGCAGAUCUUUAUCUCCACAGGAUUUUUACAUUUACAUUUUAGUCAUUAGAAAGACGCUCUAUCCAGAGCGACUUAGUUAGUGAAUAAUAUUUUUUUUUUUUUACUGGUCCCCCGUGGGAAAACCGAACCCACAACCCUGGGUGUUGCAAACGCCAUGCGUCAUCAAACUGAGGCUACAUCCCUGCCGGCCAUUCCUCCCCUAACCCUGGACGACGCUGGGCCAAUUGUGCGCAGCCGGCCGCGACAGAGGCCAUGGAUUCGAACCAGGAUCUCUAGUCGGCACAGUUAGCACUGCGAUGGAGUGCCUUAGACCACUGCGCCACUUUUUCACCUAGGUUUGUGUUGAGGUAUCAUCUCAUUAGGUACUGAUUUUCCUGUGUUCUCUGUAGGGUUUAUAUGGUAGCCAUUCCUGCAGUGAUCCAGGCAGGCUCAGAGGCCAAGCUUUGUGCCAGCCUUCUGCAGCCCAACGAGACCCUGGUCAUGACCAUAUCUCUGAUGGCCGACGGGCAGAACAAAAUACUUCUCCACAAGAGUUCUGACCAAGAGUUUCAUCGCUGCUUCCAGUUUCAGGUCAGCCCAGCACUGGUGGACAUCCACAACCAUUCCAAUAAGAGUGGACUGGACUUCUCAGCUUUGAAUCUCUUAGUUUCUUGGUGCAAUGCCAGCUUAUUUUAUGGGAAAUAUCAAUGUGGUGGCCUACCAGAACUUUUCUGGGAUUCAGGCUCAAAUUUGUACCAGGUUUUGAUUGAAUGCUACUAUAUACUAUCUAGACAAUUGAUAUAUGACACUUCUCCAAAGCAACUUCCAAUAAGGGGAGUGCAUAAUGUGAUCCCUGCAGGAGUUAAACGCUCUACCUUGAAGUUGCUAGUGGCACGCUCUUACCAACUGGGCCACACGGCACCACAUCUUAAUGUCCUAUGUUGUUGGUCCAUUAGUUCACCAGUGUUGUCUCUCUUCCCCCUGACAGGCCCCUCAUGUGAAGAGGCAAAUUGCAAACUUCAAGGUGGAGUUUCGAGGUGCACGUUUCUAUCACAGAGGAGAGGAAGGGUCAUAUUCAAACCCUACACCCCAUGAACAUUCCAUCCAACGGAAAACCAAUCAUAACCCAGACAAACAGGUGAUGUUAGAACGCCAGUACCCAACACCUUUGUCUGGUUGCUAAGAAACGACAAUAGGUGAUUGAGUUCCAAAACUUUUGGGCCCCAGACCCCAUUUUUGAGAUCAACUUUUCCAUGACCCCCACCAUGUUCCCUUUCUUAUUUUGGGUCUAUGACCGUAUAUGCCAAAGCCUGUAAGGAAGUAUGGUUUGAAGUAUUGGAGGGAUUGAGAACUUCAAAGAUCAUCUGCAAUAGUUGUAUGAUCUUCUGUAGUAGAAAAAGAACCAUUGUUAUGAGCUUCCCCCAGUCGAUUUGGGGCCUGGUCCUGCCACUCCUGUUCUAACAUCAUGCGUGGCUUAUGAACAUUGGAGAGGGAAACGGACGCCUGAAAAGCUUCAUUCAGGAAUGGGGUGCAGAUACAGGAAAAAACCCACUGUGGGGUCACUCAGGAUAUGUACACUGGAACGGAGUUUGAACCGACAUGCCACAUGUUACGAGAUGUUCCUCUCAUGGACGUAAUUGGAUAGUGUAAAUAUAUUCAGAACUCGCAGUGCAGUUUUCCUUCAUCUGCAAUUGAUUGAAUUGGGGCCUUAGUACCAACAGUGUAAAAUAUUAUCCAGAGUAGCUGUGACAAGUUCUGCUUACUUCACCAGUUUCCCUGGUUUUCCAGAAAUGCCGGGUGAAAGAUUCCUGGAAUCAGGAUGGGAAUCCUCCAACCAGGAUUUCUGGAAACCUUGGAAUUUUCAGUUGUCCGACAUGAUGCUUCUAAAAUUCUCAUUUUCUUGUCAUCGGCUUUUUACAGUGCAUUUUAGAGUCGUCACCUUGGAUACCAAUUUUAGCCCUGUCAAUCAGCUGGUGAGUGUUGCAAAUGUAAUAUUGAAAACAGUCCUUCAGAUCGGUGUCUACUAUUUCAAACCAAAAUACGGAUACAGAAGUAUCACAACUGUGAUGGGCAUAGCAAUCAAGUAUUAUGUAACACAAGGUACAGCAAUCAACCAGUCAGGACAUGGGGUUUCCAUUCAUAUAGGUCAGAUUGGAAUGUAUGGGAUCAUCUUUUCCUGAGACUGAAUUCAUGUACUAAAUUGACAUUAGUCCCACUAAGCCAAUCACCUGUCUAGUUCCUAUAGUUGUAGACCGUUAUGCUCCUCUGAUGUUUUGGAGUUAUUCAUGAACCAUGAACCCAUCUCUUGUCUUUGCCCUUCACAGUACAACAUUGUGGAACUUGAGGUAAGACCCUUACAAGUCUAACUUUAUGAUGACUGUCACUGUAAAUACUGCAACAUUAGGACUCCACCCGCUAGCUAGGUCGUCAUUAAUUUCCACCUACUGUAGAGGUUAGCUAAAUACUUCCAAUCAGCUUUGUGUGUUCUGGGCCCCCUUCAGUAGGCCAAUGUUGCAGAUGGAAAUGUCAUGAAAAGAGCUGACUCCUGUAUACUGUUAUCUUGUUCUAUGAACCAACAGGAUGUUAAUCAGAACAGGAUUGGACAGUGGCUCAACACUACAUCCAGUGGCAACAUUUUGCAGCUUUCUCACCCCCUGAACUCUGAAGCACCUGUAGGAUCCUAUGCCAUUGUAGUGUGGAUUGGUCAAGACAAAAUAUACCAGAACUUCAAGGUAGAAAAGUAUGGUAGGUUGAGCUUUUUUCUUUUACCUGUCAUGCUAGGUAAUGUUAUGGCUCUGGCAGUUGAAUCAAUGCAUCACAAUCCUGGAACAUUCUAGAGUUGACUGCUGUUCUUUUAUCUGUAGUUCUGCCAAAGUUUGAGAUCAAAAUGAACCUCACCGACGAGAUCAGCAUUGUUCAAGAAGAGUAUGAAGUGGAAGUGUGUGCCAAGUGAGUAAACGCUAACGGAGAUGUCAAUGCACUAUAGUUACAAGGUGAUGUGUAACUCCACUAAAUGGAAUGAUCUAAUAAUCGCAUUACGCUAAUGCAGACCUGGGUUCUAAUAAGUAAUUUUAAUAGUUUGAAAUGUGAAAGAUUUUAAGUAUUUGGUUAUUCUUUCUUUGAAAAUACAAGUAAUUGAAGGUAUUUGGAUAAACACUUGGAAAGUAUUGGCAUGUAUUUGAAAAUAAUAAUAUUAUAUUAAUAAUGAUUUAAAAUACAAAUACUUCAAUAUGCAUGUAAGCUACUUGAACCCAGGUCUUCACUAAUGACACAUGCUAAUUGAAGACCUACAAUGCUACUGCUCAAUGUCCUGAACUGCUGCUAUUAAUCCCUGACACUUCAAACGUUUGCUACAGUGGCAUUUACAUGAACAGCUGGUUCUGUAUUCAUAAAGCAUCUCCAGAUUGGGAUUGCUGCUCUAGGAUCCGGUCCCCCCCCAUGACAUGUGACCUUGUUCAUUAUGAUCCUAAAGUUCAAACUGAUCCCUUUCUGAGAGUCUUUAUGAAUGUGGGUCCAGAUUCAUUGGCCAUGUUGAACACUUGACUUAAGCCUACAGGUAUGCACAAACCUUUGUCUCCUGUAAGUCGCUCUGGAUAAGAGCGUCUGCUAAAUGACUAAAAUGUAAAUGUAAUGUAAAUGUAUUAGGUUUUUAAUAUGGUGAUUGUCGACGUAGGAAAUUGUUUGAUUCUUUUGUCCUAUGAAUUGAAAUCAGGUACACGUAUGGACAGCCUGUACCUGGUAAAGCAGGGUUAAAGUUGUGCCGACUCUUGGGGGACAAUGUAGUGAUACCGAUAACAAUUGAUGAGAAACAUCCACAAGGAGUUCCUGAUUACACACCUCCCUGCCACAAAGAGUCAAUAGAGGUCUGUAUGCUGUCAUAAAACGAUCAUUAGUAGGACUGUUUAUACCAACAUAUUACAUUUUAAUUUAUUUAACUUGGUUCUUAAUGUUUGAUUGAAUUAAUUUAAAUCUGUUCUCAGUGUGUUUGGUUCUGCUUGCUUUUCCCAGAUGGACCCAACUGGCUGUGCUUCCUAUGUCUUCAACAUGGCAAUUUUCACAAAGAAUUUAGGAGAGAAAUUGCUGGGAGACGUGUUUAGUUUCCAUGCAGAAGUACAGGAGGAGGGGACAGGUUAGUAUUAUCACAAUCAUUGGUAACAUUGCUGUCAAAUGAUGUGUUUUAUUGAGUAAAUGACAUGAAAUAACUAGUGCAUGUUUCAUUAGAUCAGGGUUUCCCAAACUCUGUCCUGGGGCCCACCCUGGGUGCACGUUUUGGUUUUUGCCCUAGCACUACACAGCUGACUCAAAUAACCAACUCAUCAUGACGCUUUGAUUAUUUGAAUCAGCUGUAGUGCUAUGGCAAAAAACCUAAACCUGCACCCACGGGGGACCCCGGGACGGAGUUGGAGGAACUCUGCGUUAGAUCAUGAAGAUUGGCAAGAAUGAGCUGUUUGACCUUUGGUGCUACAGCGUUGUUUUAUAGAAUGCUGUUUUAUUGUCGUCUGUUUAUAAUAUCCUGCUGUACUGAAAUUCAGUUUCUGCGUUUUGAACUGCCAUUGUGCAUUGUGUUGGCUCUGGUAAUUGUGAAAUAUACCAUCCUAUUAUUUAUUUUCCUUUGACAGGUAUUACACGGUCAGAGGAAAAACGCAUAGCGCUCUCCUAUGUGAUUGGAGAACUCUCAUUUGUCGACACGCCCCAAAUCUAUGAGCAUGGAUCAAUUAUUGAGGGCAAGGUAAGUCCAAAUACAGUGUUUCUGUUGCAUUGUGGAGGGCAUUUGUUCUUUGCCCUGCUUGCUGAACUACCAGUAUGUGUUAGUUAAUGACAUGUAGCGUCACUUCAUUCAUACAACUCCCCCCUUUUCCUCAGAUAUAUGCUGUUCACUUCAACCACACACCCAUGUCUGACAUGUUAGUCUACCUGUUGGAGGAGAAGGGCUGGUCCUCAUAUCUACAACUACAGAACCUAACCACGGACAGUCGUGGUAUUGCCAGGUUCUCCCUAAACACAACCAGUAUGCCCAAAGAGAAUAUUAACCUCAUAGUAAGUAUGAUUCCUUCUAGGUUUUGACAGCCUCUUUAUGCUCAAGACCAACUCAGCCCUUGAUCCUACGCCAGCGUUUCCCUAACUGUCCUGGGGACCCCAAGGGGUGCAUGUUUUGAAUUUUGCCAUAGCACUACACGGCUGAUUUCAAAUAACGGACUCUUUAACAAGAUUUGAUUAAUUUGAAUUAGCUGUGUAGUGCUAGGGCAAAAAACAAAAUGUGCACCGCUUGGGGUCCCCAGGACAGAGUUGGGGGAAACGCUACCCUAAGGCCUAUCAUGGUCUUGUGGGGAUCUGAGAAGAUUGAAUUGGUAAUGUUAGCAUGGUGGAACUUCCACCAAGCCUAUCAGAGGGUAAGGUGGAUCUGUUACCAUAUUGCUUACAUCUGUCCUCCCCUCAUAUCACCACUGUAUGUAGAACAUCGGGUCUAGGGGUUGAUUUAGGAUUGGUCCUUUAGACUCCUCCUCUUGUUCCUUUACAGGUAAGUGACACCCCACAAGUGGAGUACCGAGGAUACAGGGUCCCCUAUUUCAACAGAGGGCGUCACGUCCUCUCCCUGAUCCAGCCCGCUGCCCCUGACAGUAAACCCUCCAGCUCCCUGGCUAUUCAGAAGAUGGAGAAACCACUGGCAUGUGGGGAGGAAGGGUCAAUCACCAUCCACUAUGCCAUCGUAGGGGAGACCGUCCCAAAGGGCUCUGUGGAUGUCCUCUACCUGGUGAGUAGAACCCAGGAACUAGUUGACAACUUCCAAACCCAGGGUGGCUCCCAAAUGGAACCAUAUUUCCUAGUUGCACUACUUUUGACCAGGAUCAUUUCAGACAUUGCCCAAGCCUCGCACUUUUCAAAAGGAUGUUCCUAUACAACACAAACUCCUAAUCAUCCAGCCUAAACCUUAGUAUUAGCCACCUCGAUAACAUAAGCCACAGCAAAUUGGACUUCGUAACAUAUCAUACAUCUCGUAACCUAUACGAAAUGGAUGGACAUCCACAUAACAUCAUACUAAUUGCUGUGUCCUGGAUUUGUUUACCACGUCUACCCCUUGAGUCCAGGUUGCAUCAUCUCCUUUCUGAGUUGAUGACCACUGUUUCCCCCUUUCUCUCCAGGCCUUAUCCAGAGGGGUGAUAGUUCAGCAUGGACACAAGAACGUUACUGUGCAGCAGGACAGUCCUGGUGAGUGAGUUUCAUUAAGUGAUUCUGAACGUUCUGGAAGGCGCUUGAUGGCAGUGUGACCUGCUCUUGCGUUGCAGUAGCUGAGGGUGAAGUCACCUUGAAGUUGGCAGUGGUUCCAGAGAUGGCGCCGGUGGUUCAGCUCCUGGUGUACAGUAUGCUACCCAGUGAGACUGUCAUCGCCCACAGCAUGAACUUCCCCACUGAGAAAUGCUUCAGGAACAAGGUGUGCACAUCACAAACAUUGUUCUCAUUUUAUGUUGGGUAUGAAGUGUCAAUUAUUUCCAUGCACAUAGAUACUGUAUCAUACCUGCAGUAAAAGUGUAUAAUGUGUAUGCCAGGUGUUGGUGGAGUUCUCCCCCUCCAAUGCGGUCCCAGGGGAGGAGAACACCCUGCAUCUCUCUGCCCAGCCCGGUUCCCUCUGUGGCCUCAGCGCUGUGGACCAGAGUGUUGGCAUCAUGGAGCCAGGGAAGAGGCUGGAUGCUGAUAAGGUAACAGAGCUCACUGACGUGAACAACAGUCCUACCACCAUACCGACUGUUUUGGUGGUGCUGGGAAUACAACCAGCCUCAGGGGAAGAACCAUUGACCACAGCAGACAUGGAAUGGGUCUGUUCACUGUUGGUCAUUUGGUGUGCUUUUAUCAAAGGUAAUGGGACUUAUUCUCUGGCUUGAGGCCCUCUUUCUAUUGACUGGAAAUCACCUCACUAUUGUUACAUAAUGAGGUAAUAUUCUGGGUUGUGUUCAUCAGGACACUUUUCUAGACGUUUGGCAAUGGGGAAACAACAUGGAGGUUCUUCUUAGUCCAAGUAGUCCCUCCCUGUUUCAGUCUGUUCUGUUUGGUCCCCAAGAACGUCAUUUCACUCCUUCCCAUAUUGUCCCAUUCCAGAUAUUUGAUUUGUUACCAGUCAAGGAGACAACCUAUAUUCCCUACGAGCUUGAAGAUUCAGUAGCAUGUUUACGUGUGAGACCAAGGAGAUCCAUAAUGCCGUACCCAGAUGGAACGUCUGGGGAGACAAAUGAUCCUUAUGCAGUUUUUCAGGUAAAUACUUCUGCCCUGUUCUCAACUUUUGAAGCCUCUUUAUUGCUCUGGGAAGAAUCAGUCACCAUACCGUUACGAUGUGUUCAACUUACAGGUUACAUUGCUAAAAUAGCCUGAGGCUAGAACACAUGUACAGUGACAAAUACAACUUUUUAAAUAAUUUGAUGGCAUUUCAUAGGCACUGGGACUGAAGCUGGCGACUAAUCUGGAUAUAAGAAUACCUUCCUGCCUCAGUUACCAGGGGAACCAGUACUAUCGCUCCUAUGGUGAGAUGUCCUAACCAACCCUUAUUCUCAUUGCUAGAAGUCUUCAAUGAUUCUUGGGAAAUGGAUUACUAACACAGCCUGGUUAAAGGGGUCAGAACGCUGCAUGCGCUCACUGUUGAGCAAAGCAUUCAGUCCAUUUUAACUUGAGAAAAAUGUGCAUGAUUUGUGUUAGUAGCUUACAGACCUAUGGCCGGGCCUGGAUCAGCGGGUCCUAGACUUGAAAUGGCUAUAGCUGGUGGAGUUGCCCCAACACCUCCGCCACCCAUACAGACGGUCCGUACAUUCUUCCCUGAGACAUGGAUUUGGGAUCUUGUGGAAGUUGGGUAAGUGCUCUGCACAGUGAGGUUAGCCUUGGGUGAAAACCCUCUUAGCUAGAUUAGGAACCUGAACCUCUUUAAACUGUAGUACAGAGUAGGCCAGGUUUCUCUUAGGAAAGAGCUCCUUUAACCUCAAUGGGUCUCCCUGGUUAGAUAAAGCUAAAUGCAUUCGAAACGGUGUUCAAAUAAUUGGUACAGUCCUACUCCACUCGCUGUUGGACACUUGGUGACUUUCUGUUUAAACUCUAACCUCUGUAUUCCAGGGAGUCUGGAUCAGCAGACGUCCCCCUGACAGUCCCAGACACCAUCACCACCUGGGAGACUGAGGUCUUCUGCCUGGCCCCCAGUGGCUUUGGUCUGGCUCCUCUGGUGGAGCUCACGGUCUUCCAGCCGUUUUUCCUGGAGCUCACCCUGCCCUACUCAGUCAUCCGGGGAGAGCACUUUGAGCUGAAGGCCACUGUGUUCAACUACCUCUCCAAGUGCAUCAUGGUACAGCACUGCACCAGGAUCGUAUUUAGUUUUUGUCAGACCAUGUUAUCUUACAAAGUGUUCCUCUUCGGCAGGUUUCUGUGACUCCGGCUCUCUCCUCAGACUACACUCUCACACCCUUGAAUGACGUCCACUACUCCUCAUGCUUGUGUGCCAAUGGACGGAAGACCUUCAGUUGGACAAUGGCUCCCUCUGUCCUGGGUAAGUCUCCCGUCAACCGUUCAAACAGCAGAAUGGAUGGCAACCUGAGUUGUGUACUGUCACUGUGUUGGAUGUUGUGUAACCUGUCUGCCAAUGUGUGUAGGGGUUUUGAACGUGUCCGUUAGUGCAGAGGCUGUCCAUUCCCACACUGCGUGUGACCAUGAGAUUGUGAACGUACCGGAGAGAGGACGUGUUGACACAGUCACACGGAGCCUGCUGGUGACGGUAUGUAGUUUGCUGCUGGGAACUAACCGUUAGGUUGCACAGAUUGUCUAGUGUAACUGCCUCUGAAAAGAAUCCCUCUCCUGUCCUCCAGGCUGAGGGAACAGAGAAGACCGACACCUACAACUGGUUGCUGUGUCCAACUGGUCAGUAAUGAAUGAAUGUUCACGGUUGUUCGACGUGCUCUUCGCCAUUCAUCUUAUCUUUGUGUCCACAGGAGAAACUCUGACAGAGGAGGUGGAACUGCAACUCCCCCAGAAUGUGGUGGAUGGAUCUGAUAGAAUUUCCCUCACCGUUCUGGGUAAAAUAAACUAUGGUUUGUUUAGAGGUGUAGUGGUGGGAAGACAACCCUUCUCCAGUGAUAAUGCUGCUGUUUGCUGAAGAGGACCGUCUUACAGAAGUCCCUUGUUUCUCUGUAGGGGACAUCCUGGGUCGGGCCCUCAACAACCUGGAUGGACUGUUGCAGAUGCCGUAUGGGUGUGGAGAGCAGAAUAUGGCCCUCCUCUCCCCCAAUAUCUACAUCCUGGAGUACCUGAGGAACACAGGGCAGCUCACCCCAGCCAUCCUAGACAAGGCCACCAAGUUCCUCACUAGUGGUAGGAGUGUCCCUUUUGAAUCUGGCUAAUAUUUAUUAUAGACAAACUUACUGAAACAGGGCUGGAUUUGUCCAGUAAAAGGUUUCUCCAGUGUGCCCUAAUGACUAGGACCCUGUUGUCAUGUAAAUGAUGGAGCUACAGUACAGAUGACAUCACUGACCCAACACAUGGAGGGACUUCCACAUGGUUUCUCACUGAAAUCAUUUGAUCGUAGAAUAUUGACACUCUGUCCCAAAUGGCAGCCUAUUGCUUACAUAGUGCACUAUUUUCCUGUCUCAAGUAGUUCACUAUAUAGGGCAGGACUCAACCCUGUUCCUGGAGAGAUACUGUCCUGUAAGGCUUCACUCAACCCUACUCUAACUGACCUUUUUUAAAUAAUUAGCUGGUUGAUGAGCUGAAUGGGGUUAAUUACAACUUGGGUUGGAGUGAACCCUACAGGAGGGUAUCUCUCCAGGAACAGGGUUGAAGAGCCCUGAUAUAGAGAGCCAUUUGGGGCACAAACCCAGUGACUAUAAAAACCACUUGGUCACUGUUCACUCUAAAAACCCACCGACAGGUUACCAAAGGCAGCUGAACUACAAGAAUGCUGACGGUGCAUACAGCACCUUUGGACAAGGCUUGGGGAACACUUGGUGAGUACUUGGCUUGUAAACAACUGUCUGUUUCAAUGAAGUAGUGGCCAAUCAAAUGGCAUCGUCUCUGGCAGGGAGACCAUGGCUAUGUAAUGUGAAGCUCUAAGUCACUUAUGACCAUCUUAUGUGGAUAUUAUGACUGCUUUUAAAUCAAGUUCUUUCUUCAGGCUGACUGCUUUUGUCUUGAGAUCCUUUGGCAAAGCACGGUCUUUCAUCUAUAUUGACCCGGCAAAAAUGGAGCAAUCCAAGACUUGGUUGGAAAGUCAACAAGGCAAACAUGGCUGUUUCAGAAUUUUGGGGAAACUCUUUAACAACAGAAUGAAGGUAUUUAUAUUGCUAAUAAACUGAACGAUGUUAGACGUAGUCUGUUUCGGCAGACCAGUCAUAAAGUUUGAUUUCAACAAUUGUAUCAGGCUAGAUACAGUUAGUAUUUUGACAUUGUUUUAUAGGGUGGCGUGACGGAUGAAGUCACACUGACUGCUUACGUCACUGCUUCAAUGCUGGAGCUCGACAUGUCAGUGUCGGUAAGUAACCUCACUCCAUAUAAACAUUGAUUCUCACUCCAGCAACAUUGUUACAGGCUACUAAUUUAGCUUCCUGUAUGAAGUCUGUAUACAUCUUACAGAUUAUACAAUGUAGUGAGUUACAGGGGAAUUGUUAUUUCUUUGAAAGUAGCCUAUGAAAUGACAAAGAAUGGGCUGUACCAUGAACACAUCUGAAUGGUAUAGUUCUGCUACUAUUGAUAUUAGACUCAAUAUGCUACUAUGAAGUGUCUCAAUGUGCUGCUGUUAUUCUGUGCUCCAGGAUCCUGUUGUGGACCGCAGCUUGUCUUGCCUGAAGAACUCGACCAGUGAUUUGUCCAACACCUACACUACUGCUCUGCUGGCCUACACCUUCGCCCUGGCAGGGGACAUGGAGACACGGGCCCAGCUUCUGCAGCACCUCAACACCAUCUCAUUACAAGAGGGUGAGCUAUAUCCUGGUCCAAGAUCUGUUAGUGCUGCCUUGAUUGAGCUUGCCUGGACAAUGGAUUACUCCUAAAAGUGCAAACCCUCGGCCCGUCUGGCACUCCAGAGAGGCCCAAUCAAACGGCCAGUAAAAGUGUUUUAAGGACAAAAAUACACUUUGAACUGACUGUCAUGAAGUAGUUUUUGGCAUAAAAUGAAUUGGAGGUCAGAACUUUGUAUUAUGAUGAAUAAGCAGUCCUUAUUCUGACUUGUGCGCUCUCCUCGACCCUCAGGGGGUCUCCUGCACUGGUCCCAGUCCUCCUCAGAGACCUCACCAUCCCUUGAGGUGGAGACCAGCGCCUACGUUCUACUGGCGUCCCUCAGUGCCUCUCCUCUGUCUACCUCUGACCUGGGCUACGCUUCCCGCAUCGUCAGGUGGCUGGUGAGGCAGCAGAACGCCUACGGAGGCUUCUCCUCCACACAGGUAGACUUCCCAAACACAUUGGUCUGAAAUGGCACCCUGUGCUGUGCACUAGUAGAGACAUUAUUACUUUGACUUCUAUCAGACCACAGGCAUGUGCUCUUCAUGUCCAGCCUGGUGAGGCUAACUUCCACUGAUACAGAGCCAUGGAAUUGGGAAAUGGUCACUUUAGGAACUGUUCAAUGUAAAAAUCAACCCUUUCUGUAAAAUGGGCUCUUUAAUUUUGAAGUGAUUUUUCCCUGUGGUCUGUUUAGGACACGGUGGUGGCCCUCCAGGCCCUGGCUCUCUACUCCACCAGGGUGUUCAGUAGAGGAGGAGCCAGCACAGUGACAGUACAGUCUCCCAGUGGGCAUCAGUACCUCUUCUAUGUGAACCAAAACAACAAGCUUCUGUACCAGGAGAGGGCGCUGCAGGACACAGAAGGGAAGUACAGCAUUGAAGUGAAGGGCAGCGCUUGUGCCUCAGUGCAGGUCAGUGAAUACACAUCUCUCCUCCCAGUCCUGUGGUGUAAGAUGUGCUUUAAUAUACAUUAUUGGGAAGGUCAAACCUAUAAGAAGCUUCUUCUGGCUUGAUUUCUAGUUCAUUAAAUAUUUAUUGUUGCUUAUAAAAGGUUUGUUUUUGGACAGGAUGGUUUCCCUGACUUCCUCUUCUCUGUCCCAGGUGGCGCUCCACUACAACAUCCCUACUCCUACCAAAAGCACAACGCUCAGUAUCCAGGUGACUCCAGAGGUAGACUGCAACAGCAAGUCUUUGCGACCCAGAGUCACGCUGAAACUCCAGUGUCAGUAAGAAUGAAGGACCCGUUUUUGUAUUCACAGCAUUCUUUUAAAUGUGUUCAUUGACACUUCAGUGUUUAUUUUGGAGGGUGUCUUACAGAAUGGAUUUGACCCAAAUGAAUUAGUUUCAUUAUACCGGUGUAUGUUAUUGACCUUCCAGUUGAUACCUAGGCUUGGAUAAGUAACAAUAAGAUGAUGUAUCUGGCAGCCUGGUCUUUAUGGCUAAAAUAAUCCAAGUUGCGUGAAGUUGUUGUGCACUCUCCUCAAACAAUAGCAUGGUAUUUUGUCACUGUAAUAGCUACUGUAAAUUGGACAGUGCAGUCAGAUUAACAAGAAUGUAAAGCUUUCUGCCCAGAUAAGACAUGUCUGUCCUGGAAAGUUACUUACAACGUCAUUCUAGUCACGCUAGCAACAACCGUCCCAGUAUAGGGACACCGAUCCUGUAGAGGUUAUGGCUAAAAUAACCCAUGGAUCCAUUCAUUUGAUUAUUACAAGCGCUUGUCAAAAUCCAACUUUAUCAAUAAUCUCUUUGUUUUCACAGAUAUCAUGGAAAGGAGCUGACCACCAAUAUGAUUAUAGUGGAUUUGAAAAUGCUCUCUGGGUUUUCCCCAGAUCCAGACUCUUUGGGGAGGGUGAGUUUUUGUGACCUUUAUCCAUGGAGGUCUUGCCUCAUCUGUGACCCUUUCUAACACUGACUGUUUUUGUCCAUGCAAUAUGAAUGGCUUGUCUUCACAGCUGAGGGGUUCAAGUCAAGUGGAUCGGAUUGAUACCAAAGAUGACCAUGUGUUAACGUACUUGACAGAGGUGAGGUGAAAACCACCCAUCAGUUUGAAAUGGUCCACAUAGCACUCUGCAAUAAUAUAAUGGGUGUUAUUUCAAAAUAAUAUAUAUAGAUGUACUUGUGGUGACAUGUCAGCAAAGCUGAAAUGUAACUUCUGCUUAGAUCAUUUAAUGACCAAUAUGUUUGUUUUUCUCCCAACAGUUAACAUCACUAUUUCCUUUCACCAUCACCCUGGACAUCAUACAGGAGCUCCCAGUACAGAAUCUAAAGCCAGCGGUGGUCAAGAUCUACGACUACUACCAGCCAAGCAAGUUGAUUUACUAACCCGCCCCAAAACCUCCUUUUCCAUGGUUUAACUAACAUUUUUGGUCAACUUGUGUUCAUUUACUGAGACUAACAUGUACUAUGGUUACAGGUGACCAGGCUGAGACAGAAUAUGUCUUCCCUUGCAAGUAGGAGUUCCAAGCUGGUGAGCUAUUUUACAUCUAGAAUUAUUAGUGAUGAAUAAUUGUUUUCUAGCUGACCCAUAAACUAUACAUGUAGUAUAAAUGAUUUGGGAGCCUAUAUUCUUUAAUCUAAUUGCUGGUCUGUUACAUUUAAUUUAUUUGCUCUUCUGCAGAUGUAA